AUGGCCGCCAGGCCAUAUGGUUCGCCAGAUGAUUACGAGGAGGACUCGAGGGCGGCAAAGGGCUCGGUACGAGCUGCAAGAGAAAGGGCGAUGGCUGCGCGUGGACAAGGUCAACAGGAGGACCGACAGCGAAUAGUUGGAUUGCCCCAGAGGCCAAACCAACUUGUCUCCCAAUAUUCCUCUCAGAAUCAGCCCCGACCGCAGGCGCAACAGAAUCUUUCCCCCGAGGACGCUCGACGGGGUGCUAAUUUCGCUCCUUCUCCACAAUGGCCUCUCCCCAAUGGUUCCGAGGAUGGUGCAGACUCGAUACCCAAAUCAUCAAGUCGAGGACCCCCGCCGCAGCGACCCCCGCGACCUCUAUCCGAUGAACUUCCCAUACAACCAAACUCUCCAAGCCAAUAUCGCACAUCAUAUCAAAGCGACGAAGUCUUCUCGCCAAGCUCAUCAUCGCGACCUCUCACCACUUCAUCUGCAGCAUCUGAGGCAUCUUCACUAGGUUCUAUCCCCGAUUUCCCAGUUCCGCAGCCGCCAAUGCCAACUGCCCAAGCUUUACCUCGACGUCUUCCAAGUCUCGGUCCUCCCCCCUCAGCUCGACGAGGUCCAUCAUCAUAUUACACUCAGAUGUCCUAUGUGUCUCCAAUCGCAGAAGAAUCAUCCGACAGUCGUUCCGAUCUGAUGCGCUCACAUCAUGGAUCCUUCGCAUCCAGUAACGUCUUUCCUACUAACAGGGACAACUUUUACGCUGCAGACGACGGAAAUCGGUCGGAUGACGAAGAAACAAUAACCAGUGAUCAUGAGAAGGAUUACGAGAAGGACUGGGAAAAAGACUUUGAAAAGGAGGACCGGAGCUCUAGGGGCAGUGAUCAUGACGACAGGAGCGAGCUCGUCACACCCGCAUUAGUGCGUCAAGCAAGUCUGGGUAGACGCACCAAACCAUCAUUGAUGACGAUAAGAUCUGUGGACAGCUUCGGAGACAAAAAGGUACCUUCAAUUAAAAGGAAAGCUGUGGAAGAUGGAGGCGUUACCGCUGUUGGCAUUGGAGGAGCUGUGUUAGCCGCAAGAGAUGGACUCGCAGGACGGAGAUCCCCACCGGAGAGCUCGUUGAGUAAUGGCAAUGCUCUUCUCGAUCCAUCGUCGUCAUCAAACGAGUCGCUGGCUUCAUUUCAGAAUAUGAAGCUGAGAGGAGGGACGUCGGAGUCGCAAAGGCCUUUCGUCUUCGACAUGAACGACUUGGCCUCGCCCACCAGCCCCCAGGAGCAAUUGAACAAGCCAACCUUGGCUGAUCGCAUUGGAAGAAGGCCACCGAAACUCGACAUAGAUGCUGUGCGUGACGCUGAGGCGCGUGGGAGCCUCACUAGUCUGCCCGAACUCAUUCGACGAGCAACAAGAUUAGCAGCCAACCUGGACCGUGGAAAGACUGCCAGCAGGUUGGGUCUUGAUUUCUGGGAGAGCGGUGCGCCAGCGGAAAAGAACAUUCGAGGAUCUGGCUCGCUGACUGACAUGUUGGCGGCAUUUCCCCCUCCUGGUGAGGCCACGCCUACUGGGAACCGCACACCAAACCCCAGGCGCAUGUCGAACUUUGCCAUUGGAAACAGGAAGGACGUGUCUGGCUCCUCGUUGGGGAGCGGAAGCACUCGGAGACGGAGAUGCUGUGGCAUGCCAAUGUGGACCUUUGUGACACUCUUGAUAGUGCUACUUUUCCUCAUUGCCGCAGCUGUUGUCAUACCGAUUGUCCUCAUUGUCCUACCAAAGAUGAGGGAUAACCAGAAUGCCCCCGCGCAGAGCACGAGUGGUAACAAUGCCAACCCUGGGUCCACGCCCCCUGUAGCUGUACCUACUGGAGGUGCCCGACCCGAACAAUGCGAGGGCAUCAUCUCAUGUCAAAAUGGCGGUGUCGCCAUUGCACAGUCUGAUAGGUCCUGCAAUUGUGUUUGCAUCAACGGUUUCACUGGUAGGACAUGUUCCCAGCAGUCUGAUGCAGGAUGUACCACGACGGACAUUGCUGGAACAGCAAACAAUGCGACUGUGGGCACCGGUAUUCCCCGCCUCCUGGAAAGCGCACAGAACAACUUCAGCAUCCCUCUGGAUCCGCCCCAGUUGCUGUCCCUCUUCUCCAGCAACGGCUUGACCUGUACCUCUGAAAAUGCGCUGAUCACGUUCAAUGGGCUCGCGUCACGCUUUGUGCCUAUCCUCGUCGACGAGGCAUUGGAGCCAUCACGCACGCUCCCUCGCCUGGAAGCGCCACAUUCCGAUAAUGAUGUGCACAAACUCCACGAGCGCCAAACCAUUGGUGAAGUCGGAACCCCCAACACAGGCAAUCAGAACAAUCCCAAUAACGCAGCGACACCUACGGAAAGCGCAAGUCCUACAUCGACCGAGCCGAUCUCCAGCAAUCCUACGGCACUGGACUUUGCGCGAAUUGGAGUACUGUUCGUGUUCCAAGAGAGCCGCACAAUGGACACAGCUGCGAAUGCUCAAGUAUCCCUGCAGCGGUUCUUGACGGCUGAUCGUGCAGGCAAACGCAAUGGAAACACUGUGGAUCUCGGCCCUUUCACACUCGACCUAGUCAAAUACACCAUCGAUUUCGGGAACGGCACCACCCUCAGAGCAUUGCCAGAGAGCCCGUCCUGA